CUGAGCAGUCGGUAAGCGCGUCGUCGUCGUCGUUCGGGGUUUGUGUUUCGAUAGUGGUUCGGAUAGAAGAUAUAGAAUAGCCGUUAACCGUCGCGUAUUAUUGCCGAUUUGUGUGAGUGCCUCCCAGUGAAAGAGUGAAGUGAUAAUCAGACCAUUGAUAGAGAGAACACGGACUCCAGUCCUGAGGCUCAAGGAUAGCGGAUAGAGUCAUUGAGAACAAACUCCAGUCGAGGCUAGAGGCAAGUGUGGUUCCUGCUGGACAAUAUGAUGGACGUAAGCAGCAUGUACGGCAAUCAUCCGCACCACCAUCCCCACCCACAUGCCAAUGUCUACGACGGCUAUGGAGGCACCACCACCAGCAGCAGCAGCAGCAACAGCGUAACCGCCAGCAGCAAUGCCAGCAGCUACUUUGCACCGCACCAGCACCAGCAUCACUUGCAACACCAACAGCAGUUGCAGCAGCAGCAAUUGCAAUUGCAACAGCAGCAGCAGCAGCAGCAUGCCCUCACGUAUAAUGGCUACGAGAGCAGCUCCCCCGGCAGCUAUUAUCCCCAGCAGCAGGCACAGCUGACUCCGCCGCCCCAGGUUGGGGCAGGAGGAGCAGCAGUGGGCCACCAGGUGCCACAGACGCAGCCACAGCCUCCGCCACCGCAGCAGCAACAGCAGCAGCAGCAGCAGCUCUACCCCCACUCGCACCUGUUCAGCCCCAGUGCGGCGGAGUAUGGGAUCACGACGAGCACGGCCACCGGAAAUCCAGGCACACCUCUGCAUCCCACCAGCCACUCGCCGACGGACUCCUACUACGAAAGCGAUUCGGUGCACUCCUACUACGCCACCGCCGCGGUGGCCACUGUUCCGCCGCCCACCAACAACUCACCUGUGACCGCUGCAAGUGCCACAAAUCCCCAGCAGCUGCAGCAGCAGCAGCAACAGCAGCCAGGGAUCGAUGCCCACGCCCAUGCGCCCAUCAUCAGCUCCGAGAACGGGAUGAUGUACACCAAUCUGGACUGCAUGUACAAUCCCGUGCAGGCGCAGGCUCAGGCCCAGGCACAGGCCCACGGCUAUGCCGGACAGAUCGAGGAGAAGUAUGCCGCCGUGCUGCAUGCCAGCUACGGGCCUGGCCUGAUACUGGAGGAGCAGGAUCCCAUGAUGCAGCAGGCCACGCAGUCGCAGAUGUGGCACCACCAGCAGCACUUGGCGGGUGGCUAUGCCCUGGAUGCCAGUCUAACGAUGGACUCCCUGGGCAUGCAUGCCCACAUGCAUCAUGGAUUAGCCCACGGCCAUUUGGCCAAUCUUGCCACAAACACCCACCAGCAACACCAGCUCCAGCAGCAGCAGCAGCAGCAACAUGCGAAUCCACAGAAUCAGUCGCCGGUGACGCAGGCAACAUCCCAACAGCAGCAGCAGCAGCAACAGCAACAGCAGCAACAUUCGGUGUCGCCGAAUGGCGGCCUGUCGCGACACCAGCGCGGGGGUGUCAUCUCACCUGGCAGCUCCACAUCCUCAUCGACAGCCUCCGCCUCGAAUGGCACGCACACAGCGAGCGCACAAUCAAAAUCGCCAAAUCACUCGGCCAGCAUUCCCACCUACAAGUGGAUGCAACUCAAGCGGAAUGUUCCCAAGCCACAAGCACCAAAACUACCUGCCAACAGCAUUGCAAACAUGCACCACGACUACCAGAUGAAUGGACAGCUCGAGAUGUGCCGUGGUGUUGGUGGUGCUGGUGGCGGUGGUGGUGGGAGUGGCGGCGUGCCCAAUGGUCCUGUCGUUGGCGGCAACGUCCUGUCCGUGCAGAAUUCCCUGAUGCUCUCCGCCAACAAUGCAGGCGCGGGCAAUGCGCCGAACGGCAUGGGAAUUAGCGUGGGGAUGGGAAAUGGGCCCGGCAGUGGCCUCAGCAGCUGCAGCCUCUCCACCAACACCAACAACUCCGGCAGGACGAACUUCACCAACAAACAGCUGACGGAACUGGAGAAGGAGUUCCACUUCAAUCGGUAUCUGACACGGGCACGGCGCAUCGAAAUAGCGAACACGUUGCAGCUUAAUGAAACGCAGGUGAAGAUUUGGUUCCAGAAUCGCCGCAUGAAGCAGAAGAAGCGCGUCAAGGAGGGCCUUAUCCCGGCGGAUAUGCUCACGCAGCACUCAUCCAUACCCGUGCUCGCAGAGAAGCCACCGCAGCAGCAGCAACAGCAGCAACAGCAACAACAGCAACAGCAAGCAGAGCUCCAAUUGAAACCGCAAAGCAGUGAACUAAGCAGUAACGAACUGCCUGCAGCAGGCAUAACGGUAACCACGGCAUCCAUCAAGCAGAGUUGAACACGUUUCAGGGUUGCUCAGGUCGAACUUUGUUUUAAUUGUUAUUGCUGUUUUAGCUGCUGUUGUUGUUGUUUUUGUUGUUGUUGUUGUCGCCAAAAUGUUGACGCAUUUCGUUGUGAUAAAUUAAUAGAAAGAAAAAAUAAAUAAAGAAACUAAAUAA